GACGCCGCGGUACUAAGAGGGCAAACAUGGGCAGGAACGGACGGUUUCUUCAACGGUGCACUUGACGGUGCCGUGCGAGACUGACAAACUUCGGGAAGAUGGUGGACCGCAGCCCCCCAACGAUGGUCGAUCUCACGGAGGCGGCCCUCGGCGACCGGCCGCCGCCGCCGGCGGCGCGGCGGCGGAGCUCCGGGGCGUCGUCGGUGUCGAGCACCGCGUCGGAGCGGUCCAAGGCCGUGCGGCGGCGCAGCUCCGGGGCGUCGUCGAGCUGCUCGCGGGACGGGGAGCCCUACGCCUACGCCGCCGUGCUCGCCCGGGCGGCGCUCGUGCGGUCCGGCGUCGAGCUCGACAGCGCCGAGGUCGGCGAGCUGCCCGCGGGCGCGGACGUCCGCUGCGUCGACCGGGCCUGGACGAAGAAGCGCGUGCGGCGAACGAGAGUCACGCGCGGCGGCGUCGACGGCUGGGUCUCGGCGAAGAUGCUCCGGGGCCACGACCCCGUCGACGACGUCGUCGCGCGCGUCGCCGUGCCCGCGGGCGCGGACCUCCGCGUCCACGUGCUCAGCGAUCUGCACACGGACCGGCCGGCGAACGUCGCGUGGCUCGAGCGCCACCUGCGGCCCCAGCGGUCCUGCUUCGAGGUGCUGCUCUGCGCCGGCGACGUGAGCAACGUCGACGCGAAGGUGCGGGCGACGCUGGAGCUGCUGGCCGCGCGCUACGACGCCGUCGUCUUCACGCCGGGGAACCACGACCUCUGGGCGCGCGGCGGCGCGGCCUGCCGCGACUCGCUCGAGAAGCUCGACCGUCUCUUGGGGCUGUGCCGGUCCCUGGGCAUCCGCACGGGGCCGACGCGCUUCGUCGUCGCCAAGGGCAGCGACGUGCUCGCGGUGCCGCUGCUGAGCUGGUACGACGACGCCUUCGAUGGCGACGGCGAGCCCGGGCCCGGCGACGCGCCGCCGGGCCUCGACUCGCCCCAGCACCGGGCGCGCUGGGUCGACUACGCCUUCUGCGCCUGGGGCGAGGCCCUCGAGCGCGCGCCGGGCUUCCGCUUCUCCGCGGCCGACGGCGCGAGCGACCACGUCGCGCGCCACUUCGCCGCGCGCAACGAGCCGCGCCUCGCGGCGGCCCUCGACGACCUGCAGACGUCGCGGAGCCGGCCCGUCGUGGUCACCGUGAGCCACUUCGCGCCGCGGCGCGAGCUGCUGCCGGAGAAGCGGUUCCUCGUGGACCCGCACCUGCCCAAGGUGUCGGGCAGCGAGCUCAUCGAGGCCCAGCUCCGGGUGUUGGGCCCGGACGCCCACGUCUUCGGCCACACGCACCUCUGCUACGACCUCGAGCUCGACGGCGUCCGCUACGUCAACUGGCCCCUCGGCUCCGCGCGCGAGAUGGCGAACCAGACGCGCGUCGUCGCCGGGAGCGGCGCGCUCGUCCUCUUCGACGGCGCCAAGGACGGCUUCGCGCCGCGCCAGUGGACCUUCUGGGGCGACUGGUACCGCGACCGGCGCCGCGACCCGGCCAUCACCGCGCCCGCGCCCUGGGUCCGGAAGGCCUACAAGCUCAUGUUCCAGUUCGACGUCGCGCCGCCGGCGGUCGAGCCGCCGCACCCGACGUUCCCCGACGGCGUGGCGCCCGACGCGUGGUACCGCGCGAACGCGGCGCGGGAGCGGCCCUGGCGCUCCGUCGACGACGGCGACGACACGCUCCCCGCGCCGCCGGCGUAG